CCGCACGCAUAUUAUACAUACCUACGCAUACAUACGCACACACACGCACACACACACGUACACACGGUGUACCAUACGCAUGCACGCCAGCGUUCACUCACGCACCUGAGGGGGAAAACGCGUGGCUAUUUGCCCCCCCUGUUUACGAUACGGUCCGUCCGGCCUGUGCAUUCGGUAGCUCGUUUGUUUGUUCAAUCGCCUGCUCUCUGCUGCUCUCUGCUCUUCCACGAUCCGCCAGUGAUUUCCAUUCAUUCACACACAUACGCGUGUCUCACCCCCUCUCCCCCGCCCGUAUGGUAUAUUCAUUUAUCGUCGCGUCCGCUCCGUCCCUCGUACGCCACAGUGAAGUUCGAAAUACAAUUCCUCGAUAAUCUCACGUUGAUUUAUGUAUGUGUGCCACAGCUUUUUUAAUCACAUUCCCGCGUCACGUACCAAGUCACGGUCUCGCUCGACUCUCCAGCCCAGGACAGAGUAUUUUUGCACCCCUUCGGGGUGCGCUUCGGCAUCACCGCCGCCGGCGUGGGCCCUAAAAUCCAGGCUGCGUGCACGUAAUCCAGCACAGUGUCGUGGGACGAAAGUGGCGGGUGGUGUGUUUACCGUGGUGGCGGCGAGGGUAUUAUCCUGACGGGACUAAAACUGGUCAGAUGCGACUAAAGCCCUGCCUCGUAACUUUCUAUCUCCUGUUGCUUUCGAUCGUCUCGACCUAUAUUGCUCCUGCGUUCGGUUCUGAUACACUUCGUUACAAGCGCUCGAGACAUCGUUAUUUUACGGUGGACAACAAUGGCGUGUCACCGGAUACCGGGAAUCCUCCAUCCACUACGCCAACCUCGACGGAUGACGGAUCCGCAAGCUCGGAGAACCGGCACGUCUACAAGAACGACGAUCCAUGCCUGGUGAAGUAUUGCGGCGCGGGAAAAGAGUGCCAGGUCUCCGCGGACGGCGGCGAGGAGAUCGUCGCCGCGUGCGUCUGCGUUCGUAGAUGCGCGCGGAGGCAUCGACCGGUCUGUGCGAGCAAUGGCAGGGUAUACGUCAAUCACUGCGAGAUGCACCGCGCGGCCUGCAACGCCGGCACGCCGUUGACCACGCGAAGGCUCUCCAGAUGCCUCGGCAAUGGUAAUUACAGCGCACAGGCACGGAAGGAUUUCUUCGCGUACCAUGCCUCCUCCAAAGGCAAGAAUAUCGCCAAGUACGCUAAGUCUAAGAAUAAAGUAAAGCAUCAUCCGGCGAGCAAAUCGAUCCCACGAAAGAACGGUCACGUUAUCGAGGAGUGUUCGGCGCAGGAAUACGAGAUUAUGAAAGACAACUUACUCCUGUAUAGCCACGCCAGAUUAAUGGCCGAGGAUAAUCACAGCAAGGAAUACUUGGUCAGCAUCAUGUUUUCUCACUACGACAGAAACAAUGAUGGUAAUUUGGAGCGGGAGGAGCUCUUACAGAUCGCUAAGGAAGAAAACAUGGAGGAGCUAUCCGCGGGGUGCAAUUUGAGCCACAUGAUCAGCUACGAUGACACCGAUGGUGACGGCAGAUUAAACGUUAACGAGUUCUACACUGCCUUCAGCAAGCUUUACAGUGUAUCGGUGGUAUCGUUGGAUAAAUCCCUCGAAGUGAAUCACAUAUCCGCGCGAGUCGGGGACAACGUUGAGAUUAAGUGCGACGUCACCGGAACGCCACCCCCGCCUUUGGUCUGGCGCCGUUAUGGCACAGACGUGGAAACCCUCAGUGAGCCGGAGAUUCGCGUUCUCAACGAUGGCAGUCUCUAUCUGACAAACGUGCAGUUGGAACAUGCUGGUAAUUACACGUGCCACGCUCUCAGGAACCAGGACGUGGUCCAAACUCACAUGCUCACCAUAUACACCGUACCCGAAGUCAGGGUGACACCACAGUUCCAAUCCAAGCGGCCAAAGGGAACGGCGAAGAUGAAGUGCCACGUGAUAGGUGAGCCUCUCCCGCGUGUACGAUGGUUGAAGAACGACAAACCCCUAAGCGAGGAUCAGCCAGACAAGUACGAAGUGAUCGGGAACGGUACCAAAUUGCUAAUUAGGAAGGUCGAUUAUGCCGACACCGGGGCUUACAUGUGUGAAGCGACCAGCGCUGGGGGACUAACGAGAGACAUUAGCAGUUUAGUGAUUCAGGAGCAGCCUACACCGAUUGCGGUGGAUGAAGAACGCAGAUUCUUAUCUUUUCACGAGUGGGGUAUUUUAGUAUAUGAGCCAUCUACGUGUCAUGCGUUGCACGAGAUUCAUUCCACGGACAUCAUACCUGGUACUCAGGAAUACGUCUGCGGGCCUAAAAAUGUUCCCUGUUCUUGGGGACGUGCCAUAAACGUUGCUGAUAGAUAUGUAUACGUUAGUCAACCGGAUAAGAACCGCGUGCUUGUGAUCAGCGAAGUGCAGAUGAUGAUAAUCGAUGUAGUGGCUACGGACAAAAACCCGGUAGAUCUGUGGUAUGUACGAAACCUCGACUACGUCUGGGUGUUAAACUGGAGGAGCGAAAUGGACGUUGGCAUCAAGACCGUGCAAAUAAUCAAGGAAGCUGCCCAGCGAAAAAAACACCACACUAUGCGACCAGAGCCUAUCGAUGCGCAAUUCGAUCUCGUGAGAGGCCUGUAUAUUCCACAGCAGCGAGAUAUAAAACACGUAUUCAAAUAUGGUUACGUGACCCAUACGAAUCAGCAUGGGAUGUACAAGCUCGAUCUGGUCAACAUGAGAUAUACUCGUACCGUGAACUUGGCCAGCUACAACUGCGUGCCAACAAGCAUGGAAUUUUCCGAUCUUUACGGUUUUGUGAUAUUGGAGUGCGAAGAGCCGAUCACUGGUCGACCUACCGGUCAAAUACUAUUAGAUUACCUUACUGACAGCGUUCUCGCUCAUAAACCGAGCAUCCUGGGAAAACCAGCAAUUUCUCCCGAUUCCAGAUAUCUGGUUACUCUCGACAAACAAAACACCGGUGUCACUCUCGUGGUGCAGGAGAUAUUACCAAGCGGACUAAAAUUCGCUUUUGAUGUGAAAACAACCUUAAAUAUCAGCGACAUUGCCUUCUAUCCAUCGCAAACGACACAUAGUUACGACAUAUACGCUUCAUCGACAGACAAAGAAGAUAUCCUCUUUCUAGAUUUAACUACUGGAAAAGUGGAAAUGAUAACAGGCGUGGGGAAGGCAACACCACCACAUCUCACCAAAUGGGGUAAUCCGAACAGACCGAUAAUACAAAGCGGUAUAUUUGGUCGAUAUAUGGUAAGCCCCUCCAACCAGGCGCUCUUUGUUCUCAACGGGGAGACCCGUACGGUGAAUUGCGAGAUUGGUGGCCUUAUACAUCCCGGCGCGAUUGUUUGGUUCACUGUUUCGUUGCGCUAAUGAAUGUAGCUUCGUGACGACGACAAUACGAGACGUAUAUAAAUUGAUCAUAGAGAUCCGAGUGGGUACCAAAGCCAAUACCGAAAAACUUUAGGUGGAAUUAAAGCUAACAUAUUAUUAUAGAGAAAUAAACUGUGCGAUAAAUGCUUUCAUCUUCCCUAGAUAGUUUUUAAAAUAAAUGCCUCACGUUUAAAUAUUUUUGCAUUAUGACUGCACCAUAACUG